UUAGAAAUAAAUAGCGGGAGAGGAACCAAGACGGCAAAAGAACGAAAAACAAAAAACUAAACGGAGAGACCCUCCUCCUUCUCCUUCAUCUUCUCCACAAACACUCCAAAAUCUAACCCACACCCACCGCCAUGCCCAUGCCAAGGUGCUUCUUAGACAUUACCAUAGGCGGAGAGCUUGAAGGAAGAAUCGUUAUUGAGCUUUACAAUGACCUCGUUCCUAAAACUGCCGACAAUUUCAGGGCGCUUUGCACUGGUGAGAAAGGCAUUUCUCCUGACACCGCUCUUCCUCUCCAUUUCAAGGGUGUUUGCUUUCAUCGUGUAAUCAAAGGGUUUAUGAUUCAAGGUGGGGACAUUUCCGCUGGCGAUGGUACUGGGGGAGAAUCUAUUUAUGGUUUGAAUUUUGAAGAUGAAAAUUUUGAACUGAAACAUGAAAGGAAAGGAAUGUUGUCUAUGGCUAACUCUGGUCCCAAUACCAAUGGGUCUCAAUUUUUCAUAACAACAACACGUACACCUCAUUUGGAUGGAAAACAUGUAGUCUUUGGGAAGGUGGUGAAAGGAAUGGGAGUAGUUCGUUCAAUUGAACAUGUUAUAACCGGUGAGAAUGAUCGUCCAACUCUUGAUGUUGUAAUUGCGGAUUGUGGAGAAAUCCCUGAAGGUUCCCAUGACGGCGUAUCAAAUUUGUUCAAGGAUGGUGAUAUCUUUCCUGAUUGGCCUGCUGAUCUAGACCAGAGUCCUUUUGAACUUUCUUGGUGGAUGAGCGCUGUGGAUUCUAUCAAGGCUUUUGGUAAUGUACAUUUUAAGAAGCAAGAUUACAAGAUGGCUCUCAGAAAAUACAGGAAGGCUUUGCGAUAUCUUGACAUUUGCUGGGAGAGAGAAGGGAUUGAUGAAGAGAAAAGUACGUGUCUGAGGAAGACCAAAUCGCAGAUAUUCACAAACAGCUCUGCUUGUAAACUGAAGUUAGGGGAUCUAAAGGGAGCAUUAUUGGACACUGAAUUUGCAAUUCGUGAAGGGGUGAACAAUGUAAAAGCCAUGUUCCGCCAAGGCCAGGCACACAUGGCUCUUAAUGACGUUGAUUCUGCAGUUGAAAGCUUUAAAAGGGCAUUGGAUUUGGAGCCAAAUGAUGCUGGAAUAAAGAAAGAGCUGGCUGCUGCUAAGAAAAAGAUUGCUGAUAGACGUGAUCAAGAGAGGAAAGCAUAUGGCAAGAUGUUCCUAUAGGACUUUGCUACCCUAAUGGUUUUGUUUUGGAGCCAGAUGUGAAGAUAGAUAUCCAGUUGUUAAUGGCCGGUUCGAUCAUACAAAAUUGCAAUUGAAAGGUGAGGAUUGAUCCCAUCAAGUUUUGAGAUGAUGAUUAGUAUCUUAUCUAUUAAGCUACAAGAUUGCAGUUUGUAUAGUUACCUAAUCAAUGAAAAUAUAUAGAUAGACAAAUAAGUAGCUUUUUGUGAUUUUUGUUAUGGAUACUUAUCAAUUUUGUUUAAACAAUUGUAAUAUACAAUAUGGUUGGUGUAAUCUUGAACUUGGGAUUUGAAUUAAAUGGAAAAUUAGAAGUUACUUA